AUGAGUUCGAUUUUCGGUGGUGGUGAUAGUACUAAUAACACGAAUGUCAUUAUUUUUGACGCUUCUAAAUGUGAAAGAAAACUGAAUGAAGUAUUCAAAGUGUUGCAAAGAAAGUUAAAAUCGAAAUGGAAAUUUGUUGAAAAUAACAAUACUUUGACAGAAGAAACGUUAUCAACAGGUAAAGUGUUGGUGCUUCCAGGACCUCAAAAUAAAUUCACUGAAUUGGAAAUGAAUUCCAUUAGGACGUUUUUAAAUUCUUCUGGACAUAUUUUAGUUAUGCUUGGUGAAGGUGGAGAAAAAAACUCUAAUACAAACGUAAACUUCUUAUUGGAGGAAUUUGGUAUAAUGGUGAACAAUGAUAAUGUGAUACGUAUGAGUUAUAGUCAAACAAUGCAUCCAAAAGAAUGUUUAAUCUCGCAAGGAAUUUCAAAUAAGUCAAUAUUUUCUAAACAUCAUGAUGAAUCCAUAGACAUGAAUUUUUUGUAUCCAUAUGGUGCAACUUUGAGUGUAGUUCAACCAUCAACAGUUGCAUUGUCUAGUGGAUCCAUUGCAGUUCCAACAAACAGACCUAUUUGUGCAUACCAUUAUAAUGAAGUCAAUGGUGGUAAAUUAGUAGUUUUAGGUUCAUCAAAAAUGCUAACAGAUGCAUACAUUGAAAAGGAAAAAAAUGAUUUAUUGAGAGAAAUGAUAUUUAACUUUUUCGAAUCAAAAGAAAUUGUACCUAAAGAAUCUCAAAUGGAUGAUGCAGAUUUCUGGGAAUACAAUUUUGUGCCUGAUAUAACACAGCAAGCAGAUAAUCCAAAAGUAUGCACACAGGAUAUGGAUAUGAUGGAUUAUUCUCAUGAUUAUACUAAAUUAUUCAAGCAUCACCUGUAUUCAAUAAAUUUAAACAUGGUUCCAGCUUGCAUAAAGGCUUAUGAAGUUUUAGGUGUAAAACAUGAACCACUUACUUUAAUUCCACCACAUUUUGAAGCUCCAUUACUACCCACACAAGCAUCAGUUUUCCCACCAAGCUUUCAAGAAUUACCACCACCGGCUUUGGAAUUAUUUGAUUUGGAUGAAGCUUUUAGUUCUGAUCUAUUAAAACUAUCUCAAUUAACAAAUAAAUACAUGGCAACAAAAGAUUUAUCAAAAGAUGUGGAAUUAGAUCAUUAUAUUAGGGAAUUCGGUAGCAUUGUAAAAAUAAGCAACUCUAAUAUUCACACAGCUAAAGAAGUAUUAAAUUCUGUCUUUCAAAAUAUUUGCAGCUAUAAAGCUAUGCAUGAAUAA